GUCCGAAUCCACUGGGAGAAUGGGAUGAUUUUGCUGUUGUUUCUUGGCCAGGAAUCAACUGACCCUUGAAAGUACUGUGAGAAGACACGUGGGGACCAGGCAACCGUACAACGGCGAUGGCGGAGAACUGGAAAGCAGGGUUGCUUCUUCAACCCUGUGGUGCGGGUUUUCUUAAGUGAAACCUCCCCGCUGCAGGUGGGCUGCCUCUGACAUACACGCACACUCACACUGACCAGCUGCCACAGCGCAAAGCCUCCAGCUUUCAAACACCUGGCUCUAACUUCCCGGGGCGAGCUUAGUAAACUCAGUAACCUUGCCCACGCAGAAAGCUUCGCAAAGGGCGCUCUCACUCUACGUAAGCAAGCAAGCACCACCCACGCAGGUCCCCCUAGCUCGGCAAUCGGCUAGAAGUACUCGAUUGCGUUCGGUGCUCGCCACUCGUCCCUUGCGCUUGCGUGCUACAGCUCCAGCACGUCGCCGCGGCCCGGAUCGGGAAGUGUCAAGCGGGCGCUGGGUUUCCCCGCCUUCGCCACUGUCACCGCUGAACCCGGACUCCUUACCCAGUCGCAGGCUCAGCCGCCAUGACCAACGUGUACUCCUUGGAUGGGAUUCUGGUGUUUGGUUUGCUCUUUGUUUGCACCUGUGCCUACUUCAAGAAAGUACCUCGCCUCAAAACCUGGCUGCUAUCAGAGAAGAAGGGAGUUUGGGGUGUGUUUUACAAAGGUAAGGUUAUGUGUGAACAGGGAAGGGAGAUGACCAUUUCUGGGCAGUGUGGUGCUACAACUAGGUGUGAUCGGAACCAGGCUGCAUGCUGCUGUGGCGAUUGCCUGUGUUGUAAUGGCCUUUUACGUCUUGUUUAUAAAAUGAAUUCCAAAGUAUCCAACUCAUCAGCUGCCAAACAAAGGGACAAGGGUGAGGAACCUGUUGGAGCCCUGAACCCAGUGUAGGAGAGUUCAGCUAAAAUCAUCAAAGUCCCCAGGAUGAUAUCAGAGCAUCUGUCCCUGCCAUAUGUGAGGGAAAUUCCUCACAGUCAUGAACAUUAUUUAUGCUCCAGGGAACUCCAGAAAGCCAUCUUCCUUUGAUCUGUGUGUAAAUCAGCCCUCAGCAGUGAGCAUAUAAUGUCCAAAUAAAUUACAUCCCUGGGUGAUAAGAUUCUAUACCUCUUGGCUUAAAAGCCUGUCACCUGGGCUGGGGUUAUAGCUCAGUGGUAAAGCAUUUGCUUAACAUGAGUGAGGCUUUGGGUUUGAUCCCCAGGUCUGCAAAACAAACAAACAACAACAACAAAAACCCUGUCACCUAUUUUGUUCUUCAGUCCCUCAUCAGGAUCUUUCCUCUGAGACUCUUUAGGAAAGGACAUAAACUAUGUUCAGACCUCUUGGGAGGAGAAAUAAUUUUCAAGACUUCACUUUUUUCACUCUUUGAUUUGGAUUUGGCAAAUUGCUGAAGAAGGGUGGCAGGUGGGAAAUGGAAGUUAGGGAAAAGCCAAGAAAUUGACUUUAGAAAUUUAUCUUUUAUAUACCCAUCUGGGAACAUAAGAGAGAGGCAUGGCUCUCAUUGCAAAAAGAGAACAGAUGAAGCGGUGAAGCAGCUUGCUGUGUGUUGGUAGCUGGAGGGUUUUGCCAAGAGAAUCUGAGCUUACAUAAAAUUUGGAAAUUAUCGUUGUAUGCUGAAACUAGAAAGUACUUAGACAAGAAAAUACUUUCUACCUUAUCCCUAAAAGGAGACUUCAUUCAAUCAAAUGGUAAAUGAAAAAUGAAUCAACUUGCUAUUUCCUAAAGCUUUGUUAUAUUAUCUAAAUUACUUAGUGCUAAAUACUGUUCAUUUUUAAAUGCCACCACUAGGGGAAAAAGAAACUAUUGAAGAAAUAAUUGUUUAAUAUAUUGCUGUAAGGGUAGAAGAAAGAAAUAAAUUAGUAUAUCAAUUCAUAUACUAGUAAAAUCAUCUAGUAUAAGAAUUUAUUGUGAUGUUAGAUGGGAGUCAUGCUAUAAAAGAUACAAACUUAUUUUUUAAGUGUUGAUGAUGGCAAUUUUCGGUUGAUUGCUCGUUCUUGACCAAUUUUCAUAUUGUGGUGCUCUUUCAUUGUCUGGAAAUUCUGUUCUCUGUAGGAACAUGAGACAUUCAAAUGAGAGAAGUUGCUGGUAUUUGUUGGCAUAUUUGGACAAUUGUUAGGCUUCAUUAAUGGGAGUGUUUUAUAUAAUAAAGUUAAACAGAACUUUGCAUUUGAGAGUGAAGGGCUUUUCAUGGAAUAUGACAGCUCCUGAGCAAAUCGUUUUAGAUGACUCAACAUUUGAAGGGAAGAUUUCUCCACUCGCUCCUCCUCCUAGCCUCAUAUCAGCUAACGGAAUUGUGAAAUCUCAUGUCUCUAUUCACAAACAAGAGUUGGUCUAAAAUUAAAUUAUUAUAAUAAGCAUAGACAUAGGUCUUCCAGUUGAAUUGUCCAUUACAGUAAAACUUGGUAAGUCAGCUGUGGUUGAUUUUUGUGUGGCAAUAAAUUAUCUUUUGUCUACUUACUCCAAAAGAAUAAAAGCUGCUAAGAAGUAUAGGUUCUGAAAUUUGCAAUUUAGUACUUUGAAAGGUUUUAAAAAUGUAGAAGGUCAUCAGGUAAACACUACAUGUCUAAAUCAUCUCAGAUUUGGAAGUGCUAUCUCUUCAGGAAUUGGUCAACAGGGUAAAUUUCAAUGAUUCAUAUAUUUUCCAUUGUCAUUUCUGAGGAGCUUUCUCAUGAAAGAAAGGGAAUGUAGUGAAACAGAAGAGUUACACCUUGUGGUGUGAGCUUGGAACCUGUUGGCCCAAUAGAACGUCACUCUAAGGAAACAGGUUCAGCACGUUUUGCACUUGUUAUUUUGUAGCUUUAAUGACUUGUUUUCUAAUAGAGCUAAUGUCUCUAAGUUUGGACCUUAGAGAUGCUUCAUAUUUUAAACUAGUCCCAUUCUACACUUCUAGUUCAAGCCAAUUUUUACAGCCUCCUGGGUGGGUUAUCUUGACCUAAAUAUAAUAAAUUUAGUUGUUAUAUUUUGAGAUGUUGUCGUACCACAAUGUACCAAAAAGUGAACAAGUUAAAGGUGAUUUAUAACAAAAAGCAAAUACACGGCCUAUUUAAUUUCUUGACUUUAUGUAAGCAGAUAAACAGAAACUUGUUUAAUUGGCUAAUGUGUCAUAUAUUUGGGGCUAGAAAUGAUAAGCUGUUCCUCUGGGGAAGCAUAUUGGGGUGGAGGUGUGAGGAUCACAGUAUUGCCUCAGAUUCAACUUGGCAUUACCGUAAGCCUGGGAUAGAAUGAAGUCGCCCCUUUUUAUAGUAGAAGUACAGUUUUUUAUUCAAUGUCUGCACAAAUCCUUGAAAAUAAAAAUUUUCCCUAUAA